GCUUAGUUUCACCCUGACAUCCGUGGAAGAUUUGCCUGAGAGAUCUUACUCAGGGUAAAAAUAGCUCACCAACUUCCUCAGACCACCUUUUUUUUAUAAGUCACUGACGGCGUUGUCUGAGAGAGACGAAACGUGGACGGUGUACUUUAAAUCUUAUCCACAGCUUUAGUUUGUGUUAGCUACUUCUUACUCGAAAACAUUUGUAAAAUGACGGGACAGUCUUCGUUGUUAUUGCGUAAACAAUUAGCAGAACUGAUCAAGAACCCAGUGGACGGCUUUUCUGCCGGGCUCGUGGACGAUGAUAACAUCUAUCAGUGGGAAGUGGUCGUUAUUGGACCUCAAGACACGUUAUAUGAAGGAGGUUUCUUCAAAGCCAUCUUAACGUUUCCUCGCGACUAUCCUUUGAAGCCUCCUAAGAUGAAGUUCGUCACUGAAGUCUGGCAUCCAAAUGUGGCAAAAAAUGGUGAAGUUUGCAUUUCCAUUCUGCACGAACCUGGUGAGGACAAGUACGGCUAUGAGAAGCCUGAGGAGCGCUGGCUACCGAUCCAUACAGUGGAGACCAUCAUGAUCAGUGUCAUCUCCAUGCUGGCAGAUCCCAAUGUAGAUUCUCCAGCCAAUGUGGAUGCAGCUAAAGAGUGGAGAGAAGAUCCUACAGGAAUUUUUAAGAAAAAGGUGGCGCGCUGUGUACGGAAAAGUCAAGACACUGCUUUUGACUAAGGCGUCAGUCUGAUCAUCAGUUCUGAGCUGGAUAUGGAUUGCCCCGUUGAGGAGAUGGCUGGUAGAUCUUUGCAACUUUUUGCCAGUGAAGAAACUUCUUGAAUAUUGCUGAACAGCAGUAACAUCAAUGCUGCAGUUUUAUAUCAUUACCACUUUAUCAGCAUUUCACUCGCAGGACAUGUGCAGCCUUUUUAUGUGGCUUGCAUACUUAGGGAAUUUGACAAUACACUGCUCCUAUUUAGAGUGAUUUUUUUUUUUCAAAGUAAAUGUAUUAACAUAAAUUGUGAAAAUCAUCCUAAAUAUUAAGUAGUGUAAUGUUAAAUUCUGAGUAUAAAAAAUCAUCAGAUUUUGGAGAAGGCAUCUGGAUAAAUGCACCUUCUCUAAAGGUUUUUUUAUAUUAAUCUAUUUAUUGAGUGAAGCUGUUGCGUGUCGACUGCUUGAGUUAUUUUUAUAUAUUUUUUUUUCCUUCAACUUGCAACACUGAGCCACUCAUUUCACUAUAUAUGCAGUUUUUCAUUAAUCGCAGUUAUUGAUCAGAUGGAAAUCUAGAAACACAUCUUCCUCUUUCUCAGGUGCUUCAUCUUUCCUUUGUUGACGAACUUGAACACUGCCUUAACUUUGAUGGCCAGGAAAAUAAACCUGUCUUCAGCAAGGACUGUAUUUAAAGGCCUUUUUCCUUUUUUUUGUUUUAAACUCGAGGGAAAAAAGGUUUCUCAGACAAACCAAAGAGAACCAGUGAUUUUUUUUUUUUUUUAAAUUAACAGACAUUCUUCCUAUCCUUGUGAUUGCAUAUGUAGAGUAAAUAUAUUCUCAUUCCUAUGGAAGAGGUCACAGUUCAGCAGUUAUUUUAAUACCUCUUACAGAAGUUUAUAUGUAACAGCUUUUAUUGUUACAAUAGUAUGGAUAUGUCAAAUUAAAUAUAGUUGUAUUGAUAUAAGUGUGAAUAAAGUCGUGCAGAUACUCUA